GGUUAUGGGUUCAAAUGCAGCAGAAGAAGAAUCUACCUUGAUCGCCAUUGAUACCGAUCAGAACAGCCAACACGCUGUCAAAUGGGCUGUGGAACAUCUCUUCAAGAACAACUCUCCCUGCACCCUCCUUCACGUCACAACUAAGAACUUACAUCACAAUGAUUUGGAGGUUUCCCCUAAGCAAGGUCGUCCACCAACAGAAGAAGAAUUGCAACACAUUUUUCUUCCCUUUCGAGGAUUCUGUGCUCGAAAAGGGAUCGCAGUUAAAGAGUUAGUUCUGCAAGACACUGACGUAGUAAAAGCGCUUACUAAUUACAUAACUCAGAACUCUAUCAACAAUGUUGUUGUUGGUGCUUCUCGCUCCAACGCUCUUCUAAGGAAAUUUAAAGAUGUAGAUGUGCCUACAAGCUUAGUAAGAUGUUUGCCACAAUCUUGCAUGGUGCAUAUCAUAUCAAAAAGAAAAGUGCAGAAUAUUCGACCUCAUUCUCAUCACAAUAGUAGUAUCGCACCAUCAAAAUCUCUAAAAGCCAUCAAGGAAAGUUUUCGGUCCAAAGAUUUAAACAGAAGAUCACUCCAUAUUAAAUUUUGGCAUAGAUCAAACAACGAUUGGGUAUCUCCAAUAACACCACACAAGAACAAUGCAGAGACUGCUUCUCCAAAGCCACUUGAUGAAGAACGGGAAGCAAUGGAAAGUAAAAAGGGAAAGCAAAUCGAAACAAAAGUUAUGCAUGAAAAAGAAGAAGAGAUGAAUAAACCAUCAAACGAAAUUGCACCCAACAAAGUUCCAUUUAAGAGAUACAACAUUAAAGAAAUUGAAGUAGCAACUAAUUACUUCGACAAUGCCCUCAAAAUUGGUGAAGGUUCGUACGGACCCGUUUUCAAAGGGGUGCUUGAUGACAUCGAUGUUGCUGUGAAGGCUCUCAGACCAGACAUAACCCAAGGGGAGAAGCAGUUCCAACAAGAGGUUGUUGUUUUGAGCAAAAUAAGACAUUCAAACAUGGUUACACUUCUGGGUGCAUGUCCGGAGUAUGGAUGCCUUGUGUAUGAGUACAUGGAAAAUGGAAGUUUAGAAGAUCGUCUCUUCCAGAAAGAUAACACACCAGCGAUUCCAUGGAAAGUGAGAUUCAGAAUAGCAUCAGAAAUUGCGACAGGUCUUCUUUUCCUUCAUCAGACAAAGCCUGAGCCUAUUGUGCACCGAGACCUGAAACCAGCGAAUAUUUUGUUGGACUGUGACUAUGGUAGCAAGAUCACUGAUGUGGGUUUGGCAAGGCUUGUUCCACCUGCAAUACCCAACAAAACCACUCAGUACCAUAAAACAACUGCAGCUGGUACAUUUUGCUACAUUGAUCCAGAGUAUCAGCAAACAGGGCUAUUGGGAGUUAAAUCAGACAUUUAUUCACUGGGUGUGAUGCUGUUGCAGAUUAUAACUGGAAAGAGUCCUAUGGGUGUGGGUCACUUGGUUCAAGAGGCUAUAGAAAAGGGUAGAUUUUCAGAGGUUCUUGAUCCGAAUGUGAUGGAUUGGCCUGUUGAGGAGACUUUGUCGUAUGCGAGGUUGGCUUUGAAGUGUUGUGAGAUGAGAAGACGAGAUAGACCAGAUCUUGCUUCUGUCAUUUUGCCGGAGUUGAUUCGGCUAAGAAAUUUAGGAUCUCACAAAUAAGUUAGUGACUGAUGACAUAACAUUUCCCAGAGACAAAAUCAUGGUGUAAAGCUUUCCAUGUCAUGUAAAUUUGUGUAUGAUUUUGUAUAGAGUAAUGAUACAUUGACACCCCAUUUUUACCACUUCCUUGACCACCUGACGUGGCAGCAGCAUUUGGGUUUUAUUUUUUUAUUUUUGAACAGAAAAAUGAAAUUGGCAUUCAGAGACAACAUUUCCUGUACAAGCGCGUGUUGUCACAGCCUUCUCCCACUCCUCACUCCAGCGCAAACGUUAACAUUUUUUGGUUUUUGAAAACUCUCCACCGCGCUCCACUGCUUCUCCACUCUCCCCAAAUCUCGCAGUUCCUUUCCCCAGUUCGUCGAAAGCUCCCAGUUCCGCACCACACAGACACGAAGCCGGCGCCCCACAACCAUCGUCCCGCACACCCACACACCUCUGGAACCCUUCCCGCACCACACACAGUUCUGCUCCACGACUUCAAAUCCCUUACCGCUCCACAAAUCCCCUCCUGCACCCGAACCCCUUCCGGCGUCAUUGUUCUCACCACAAAACCCCUGUGUGCGAGAAACCCUAACCCGAGAAACCGCAGCUUUCUUCUUCGUUUGUCAAUCCCCGAAUCCCUGUCCACAAUCCCAAAUCCCCAAUUUCAUAACCUAACCUAAAUUUUGCCCCAAUUUCAACGGUCACCACCGCUGCUCCCACCGGUGAGGCUCACCUGCCAUCUUCCCGAGAGAAUUUAGUUUGGAAUUAUUAUU